AGCUGCUAUUGUGCACCAAGGGAAGUGAACAAGUGCACACUUCGGGAGAAAGGAGAUUAGAUUAUUGGGACGCAGCCCACAUGCUUUAGAGUCCUCCACAUCUACUGUCCAACCCCUUUAUAAUUUCGGGUUGGUGUGGGUGUGAUAUCUGACCCUCUUGCACUGCACACAACCAUCCCUCCCUCUCCAUUAACUACUUUGUUUGCGUCCUUCCACUCCACCAGAGUUGCUUCUUUACUAAGACGGACUAUCUAAGGUUCAGAAGGUGACAACAUGAAAGCGUUGAUUGGAUUGGUCGUGUGUGCCGUGGCACUGCUACCUGGGUGUUGCACUGCUGGGCCUGCAGCGUUAUCCAUCACCACUAUAUUGCAAGAGCCAUACACCAUGACCCAAGGGUCUGAGCUGGAGGGGUAUUGCAUUGACCUGCUUGCGGAGAUCGCUAAGAAGUUGGGCUUCAAGUAUGAAGUGCACCUGGUGAAGGACGGCAAAUACGGGCGACAGGACGAGAGCGGAAACUGGCUCGGGAUGAUCGGGGAGGUGGUCCGAGGGGAGGCCGACCUGGCGGUCGCCGAUCUGACCCUCACUGCAACCAGGGAGCUCUCGGUGGAGAUGAGCACUCCCUUCAUGCAGAUCGGUGUUGGCUUCAUCCUGAGCAGGGACCUGGGCUCCGAGGAGAGCCACUUCGUCAGCUUCCUCUUCCCCUUCUCCACGGAGAUGUGGGUGGGUGUCCUCGUGGCCUUCCUGGUGACUGGCCUCUGCAUUUAUCUGGUGGCCAGGAUAAGCCCCUGUGAGUGGGCUGACCCCGAGACAGACGAACACAGUUUCACCCUCCUGCACAGCUUCUGGUACAUCACCGGAGCCCUGACACUGCAAGGUGCUGGCCCACACCCUAAAGGCCUGUCUGGCCGCAUUAUCAGCGCCAUCUGGUGGGUGUUUGCGGUGGUGCUCCUGGCCUGCUACUUCAGCAACUUCAACACCAUGCUACGCUCGGACACCAAACACGGCUCGGUGAUGAACUUCGAUGAGCUGGCCAGACAGGACGUCAUUGACUAUGGAACAGUGGAAGGCGGCUCCACGUUCAAUUUCUUCAAAAACUCCAACAACCCCACCUACCGACGCAUCUUCCAGCACAUGGAGAGGAAGAAGAGUUGUGUGCCUUCUGUGGAAGAGGGCAAUCGACGUGCCCAGGAAGGCAACUACGCCUUCAUUGGCGAGGUAGCGUCUCUGGACCUGGCUGUGGCUCGCUACUGCAACCUGGUCCGCAGCAGUGAACUCAUUGCCAUGAGAGGGUACAGCAUUGCAGCACCCCUAGGCUCCCCUAUGAUGAAGAACAUAACGGUGGCCAUACUGCAGCUGAGUGAGUCUGGGGAAUUGGCGUACCUGCAGAGUAAGUGGUGGGCCAAUAGCUGUAUGCCAGAGGGGGGCCAAGCCCCACAGGCCCUCCAGGCCCACCUCCUGAGGGGCCUCUUCAUGCUGCUGGCCCUGGGGUGUGGCCUGGGCCUCCUCAUUGCCCUCCUGGAGCUUGCCUCCAAGGCCCGCAACCAAGCCAAGGACCAGAAGAAAUCCUGCUGCUCAGUAUUGUCGGCAGAGCUGAGUCAACGUUUCAGAUCGGGCAGGGCGAAUGCAGGCACAGAGACGUCAGAGAAGAGCAAAGCGUAAAGGAUCUGUUUUACUGAUUGGCUCCGAAAAGCACCAUAUAGUUUGAUACGCAUAUUAACCAUGUGUGAGGGACCCUGGACCUGUCCUUGGGAGCAGCAGUAUCUUCCGUAUCCUAGUAGAAAUAGACUACUAACAGUUUGUAUUUUAUAUAUAUUAAGUUGAUACAGGCUUUGCAACUAACCUCCAGAUAAAUUCUUUUGGCAACUGUAUUUUCAAUUGUUUUUUUUGUUAUGUACUGCCAAAAUAUCUCAUGUGCUACUAAAUCUGGUGGCUUAUGAGUUGUUUCAUUAACCGUUCUAUAUGUUUUACUUUAACCAAAUUAAAUCCCUAGACGUCCCAAAUGCAUAGAUUUUUUGUUAGUUUUGUUAAGUUUCACACCUAAGCUCUCUCAUGUGUUUUGGAUGGAUGGAUAGAAAUAAAUACAAUAGAUUUUUUAUG